AAUGUCUGGUUUUAGCAGAAUGAAGAGAGUUACUGACCCGUUAGACGAAAAAAUGAAGGCUCGGAUUGUUGGCAGCAGCGGCAGUGAACACAGUGCUCAUGCCGAUGAUGAUGAUGUUGCUUCUCCUAGUUUCUCCGAUCUCGUUUUCGGUGAUUUGGAAAAUAAUGCCGGAGAUGAAAUUCCGGAGAAUGAUUCAGAUUCUGAGCUUGAUGUAUCAAUGUGUGAUUCAAUUGACAGGAUUGAGAUAAUGCCGAGCCCUGUUUUCUGCAGCGAGCUCGAUUUGUUUCGUAAUGUGAUUGUAUCUUGUGUUGCGAAGGGAUUGGAAGUGUUUUCGUGCUUUAAAUCGAAUAAAUCGAUGCUCCAGAGGAAUGUAAUGGCGUACCUGAGGAAUUUCGGUUACAAUGCGGCGGUUUGUAAGACGAAAUGGGAGAGUUCCGGUGGACUUGCUGCCGGUAAUUAUGAGUUUAUUGACAUAACGAAAUCGGAUUCCGCCAAUCGGAUCACUACUCGCUACUUCAUCGAUCUCGAUUUUAAAGCAGAGUUCGAAAUCGCGAGGCCGACGAUUCAGUACGAACGGUUAUUACAGUCAUUGCCGAAUAUUUUCGUUGGCAAAAGUGAAGAACUAAAGCAGAUUUUAAGAGCAAUGAGCGAUGCGGCGAGACGAUCGUUGAAAAGCAGAGGCCUCACGUUUCCGCCAUGGAGGAAACACCGGUUCAUGCAGAAUAAAUGGUUCAGUUCGUACAAAAGAACAACAAACAUCAUACCGACGGCGAGCUCGCCGGCAUGGUUGUCACCGUCAAAGGAGACGAAUGCGGUAAAAUGCCGGACCGUCGGGUUUCACACUACCGCCGUGAACAGCUGCCUGUUGUUUCCCGCGACAACUCGUACUAGAUGAUUAGACGAA